CCGCGCCAUUUGUUGCGGUCGCCUUGCAGCCAUGCGAUGCUAACGAAUAAAAAAAAAUACGCCCUUUAGGCCUCCUUCUCUCCUCAACGGGCAUGAUACUGCGCCUCUUCCGCUCGGCCAUCUCCUCGCCGCGCCUGCCGCGCCUCUCCUCCCUUGCCGGCUACAGCGGGCUCGAGCUGAGCCUUCCGCAGCUCGAGGACGCGUCGGCGCCGCUCGAGGAGUGUGCGAGGCGCUCCCUCCGCGUCAUCUGCCGGCUCGGCCCGGUGGCGGACGCGUGCGACGCUGAGGCGCCGGCAGCGAACCAGGACGCCACGCACGACUACCUGCGCGCGAUCCAGCCCGUGUGGUCGGAGUUCCUCGAGGAGCACACGUCCGUCGGCAGCCGGCACGGGCGCGUCAACGCACAUGGCAACCCGCUCAACCACCACGUACUCGGUGUCUGCCACCUUCUGACGUCGGCCGACGGUGCGGCGCUCCGCGCCGCCGGCCUCGCGGAGGCUGUCGACAUCUACUCGCCCACCCGCCUCGCGCUCACCGCUCGCCACCUCGCCUCCGCCUCCGCCUCCUCCGCCUCCGCCUCCUCCGCCUCCGCUUCCUCCGCCUCCGCCAGCCUGCCGCCCACGGGCUUCGCCGGCAUCGGCGAGGAGAUGGAGGCGGUGGUGGAGGCGGCGGACUUGCUGUGCGCAGACGCGGCAGAGAUUGCGGCUGCGGACGAGGCGUCGCUGUGGCCGCUAGUGGAUGAGGUCUGGGCCGCCCAACAGCUGAACGGCGCCACGGAGGUGUACGCAGUCUGCAGCGCCGGCGGGGCGGGUGGGGGCGGCGAGGCGGGCGAGGAGGCGGCGGCGGCGGCGGUCGCGGCGCUCCUGCACCGCCGCUUUGAGGAGACGUCCUCCUGGCGCGCAGGCGCCGCCGAGAUUACCCGAGAUUGCCCGAGAUUGCCCGAGCAGCCGAGCGGAGGUCGGCGCAGGAGACGGCGGAGCGCGCGCGGCGGCGGUCCGAUGCGGCCGGGGGGCUGGGGCGCGCGGCGGCGGAGUUUGGCUUCUCGCCGCUCGAGCUGGACGGGCUCUGCCGGGCGAGCCUCAAGGAGCGGUGGAGGCGCCUCGCCCUCGCGGCGCACCCCGACGUGGCGGGCGGCAGCGGCGCGCGCUUCCAGACGCUGAGGGCGGCCUACAGGGUCUUGAUGCGAGCGGUGUGAGAUCUGUACCCCAAUCAUCCUCGCAUACCUGUACGC